UCUUCUUGUUCACAUGAUACACGAGUCAGUAGAUUCCCAAGUCACAAAGCAUCAGCAUCCGUCAUUUAACGCCGAGAGGAAAUCAUAUAUAGCCGUGCAUGGAUGGGAGAGCGUGUGGUCUAUUCCCCCCAUCGCGCCACGUGAGCAGCAGCUUCCCAGUACCGAAUGCGAGACGAGAUACGCGAACCUUAGUUAUAUGAAGGCUGGCUAAACGUUGAAACCAGAGGACUAUCCAGUUCUAAGGUUACUAGGGUAAAAAAACCACAGCUGAAAGCCUCCAAUUGUGAUUCGUUUCUUUUGCUCUGUGUGUUCAUCGUCUCAGGAGGUUGCCUCCAUUAUCGUCUUCCAAAUUCACAAGUGCAGUGCCUUCUUUUGCCACGUUCGUCCAGAACACCAGAUACCGUUAGGAAAAUCUCAUUAAAAAAAAUUCGUGGCGUCCUCAAGAUUCAUGGCUGGCAACAUAACCGCAUUAGAUUUCAUGCUGUAUUUGUCCUAGGAUCGGGCGCUUGGCACUACGUUUGGCACAAACUUUAGUAGACACAACUGGAGGCCAGUGAACCCUCGCGAAAGUAUCAACUGAAAAGUAGUGACAACACAAAAGAAUCAUUAGAUUUGCAUAGGUCACGAAGCCAAACACACCAUGACGAGCUAUCAAAUUGUUCCGACCGUUCAACCUGUUUCAACUGGACCUCAGCGUGGCCCUAGUAAAACAGACGUGUCAGAAGAGACCCAAAAGUUAAAUGGCGAUGGCGUACGCGAAGAGCUUUUUCUAUCCCCGCUGCCAACGCAAACGAAAGUGUACCGACGUCGAUGGCUAAUGCUUGUCAUAUUCAUACUGGUUUCAAUGUCAAGUGCCUUCCAAUGGAUCCAAUUCUCCAUCAUCACCAAUUUGAUUAUGAAAUACUACAACGUUGACUCAACCACCGUUGAUUGGACUUCCCUUGUUUAUAUGGUCACUUACAUUCCGCUCAUUUUUCCUGGAGCCUGGAUUAUGGAUAAAGUGGGAUUGCGCGUGACGCUGCUAAUGGGCUCUUUUGGAACGGCUUUGGGAUCGUGGAUUAAAGUAUUAGGCGCGGCUCCCGAUCUUUUCUACGUGGCUCUCAUUGGCCAGACAAUUACAGCCAUGUCUCAGGUCUUUAUUCUCGGUGUUCCACCCAACGUCGCCGCCGUCUGGUUCGGAGCCGAACAAGUUUCGUCUGCUUGCUCUAUAGGCGUCUUUGGAAACCAGCUAGGUAUCGCUUUAGGAUUUUUGUUGCCCCCAAUAAUGGUACAAGAUCACGAUAAUGUCGAAGACAUCGGUGCUGAUUUGAAACGCAUGUUUUACAUCGUGGCGGGCGUUUGCACAGCCUUUUUCUUGCUUGUCCUCGUCGCUUUUCAAGCCAAACCGCCACUUCCACCGAACGCGGCACGCGCUACACCUCAAUCCGCCGAGCCGGUGACUUAUUACCAGUCAAUCACAAAGAUCGUAACCAAUCGCAAUUACAUCUUGCUCUUGAUUACGUACGGCAUCAACGCGGGUGUUUUUUACGCCAUGUCUACGCUGCUCAACCAAACUGUGCUCAAACAUUUUCCGGGCGAAGAAGAAAACGCUGGUCGAAUUGGUUUGACUAUCGUCGUUUGCGGAAUGUUUGGUUCGGUAGUGUGUGGUAUUGUUCUUGAUAAAACGCACAAAUUCAGGGAAACCACUCUUGUGGUGUACGGAUUAGCAGUGGCCGGAAUGGUUGCCUAUACCUUUACAUUCGAGCUCCAGUAUAUUGUCGUAACGUUCGUCACAGCUGGAGCCGUUGGGUUCUUUAUGACAGGAUAUCUUCCUGUCGGAUUCGAAUUCGCAGCUGAAUUAACAUACCCCGAGCCAGAAGUGACUUCAUCCGGUUUGCUCAACGCGUCCGCACAAGUAUUCGGCAUUGUCUUCACAAUCAUGGGUGGUUGGCUGUUAAACAGCUACGGUGAUCUCGUUUGCAACGGCAUAUUGUCGGCAGCGUUGUUCGUCGGGGCCGCAUUGUCGUUCUUUAUUCGUUCGGAUCUCAGACGCCAACGAGCCAAUCAAAUAGAAGCCUUACGAUUAAACGGGCCAUUUUAAAAACCCAGUUUGGAUCCCCCACGGUUGUUGGGCAUGAUGUCAGCACGUUCAUUAGCAUAUAGCAUGUGUAGUUAGUUAGGUAUUACUUUUGGUGUGACGCGUGUUCAUUUUCAAAAUGUGAUGCUUCUUCUUCAGUGUGAUGCUCUGCUGAGGUGAAAGGUGAUGAUUUCUACGUACAGUAUAUAUAUUGGCAGUGUUAUAUUUAUAUAUAGUGUUGUUGUAGAAAUGGCUGUCUUCCGUACAAACCAGGGAAUGCAAAGUUCAUGCAAAUAGCUUUAUUAAAAAUAUAUAGUAUUACGCAUUUCAGAAUAAUCUUGACAACUUCUGAAAACGUUUUAAUUUUAAAAACUACACACUUUAAAUUGACCAAAUUUUCAAAUUAGAAUCAAAGUUUUGCAGUAUAUACUACAAUUGAUUCAAAUGCUAUGAUUGAUGUUAGGAGCUAUAAAACAACUGAUGACUAAAUCAUCUGCUUUAACACUGUAAGCCUGCCCAUUGUGUACAACUUUGCUUCAUGAAAUAAAAAUGCAUCAAAACUUGAA